AUGACAAUAGUGGGACUUCGAAACUUCGACAUACCCAACUGCACUGAUGCCCCAUGUUAUGGUUGGCGAGUUAUACCAGCCCAUAAAGCUUCAUAUGCGCUGCGCGCAGAAGACGAGGGCGUAGUCGAAGAUACGGAGUACGAGGACUUUGAAGAACUCCUGCCUCGAAAUAGCUUACAUACCAUCUACAAGUUUGGUUGGUGCAAGAGUGAUGUGACUAACCGGGCGAAUCUGUUCCGAACCUCCAACUACUCAAUACCUCACCGCUAUGUGGCUGAGACGCAAUGGAUUUAUGUUCUAGACACAACGAACUCGAUGAAAUUCAGUUUGCAGUGUGUUGUGGUCAAGGUUUAUGUUCCAGCCAAGUACCAGUUCAAAAGGACGCGAAUACCCUUCCACUACUGUCAGGGAUCGGUGAUAUACUUGAUGAUGCGCACGGUGGGCAGGAUACUCAUUCAUGAGUUCUAUUUCAUGGCCCAGUUUUAUAUGCCAGCGACAUUCGUUUUUGAGUAUUAUCACCCUAUAAUGAUGUAAAUGAUCUAGUAAGAGA